GCUGGAACCAGGGAGGUGGGGGUUACAGUGAGCCAGUAUCGCCCCACUGCACUCUAGCCUGGGCGACAGAGCAAGACUACGUCUUAAAAAAAAAAAAAAGAGAGAAAGAAAAGAGGACCAUAGGUACAAAAAGAAUUUGAGCGAGAACAAAAGAUGGGCCACGUGAACAGACCGGUCAUAUAACAUUAAUAGUUCUGAUUAACAUUUAGCGAGUUACUGUCUGCCAGGCCCUGUGUUAUUACGCGAUCUCGACACGUAUUACCUCGUUUAAUCUACAGAUCAAGUAGGGGCUCAGCAUAGGGAAGGGUCCAUCUCGGCAGAAGCCAGGAGACAAGGCAGGUCAGCGCACAGAGGACAGUGGAAUCCGAGGGGAUGGCAGGAGAUCAACCGGACCCAGAACAGAGGCCUGCAAGGAUGAGCGCACUUGACCCCCUCAGAGAAAAAGCCAGAGUGACUCACAGGAGAAAGACAAAGCAACCAAAGCUUCCAGGGUGUACAGGAGGUCCAAAGUCACCAGAAGGAAGAAGAAAACCUGAAACAGCGAGAGCUGGCCAAACGCUGCUAAGACCUAUGCAAAUAAGACCCACCCACGCUACCUGGAAAUCGGGCCUGGGAAGUCAGAAAACAAAGCACAUGCGUGCAGGGCUGCACUGAACGGAGGCGGAGGAGGCGGCUCCGAGGGAGCAGAAGUCCUUGAUGGUUUCCGUGGAAUCGAUUCCCAGUGGGGGAAAUGAUGAGUCAAGGUUACAUACAGCUUAAGGCCUCUGAUCAACUCUUCAAAUUAUUCAAAUGACCCAUAUGAGAAACAGAGAAAAGCCAAGUAUUUCUGGUUGAAACGGAGAAGCUGGGCUGGAGUGCGCCUCCCUCCAACUCCCCGCUUUAACUCCCUAAGGUUGGUGGGAUGGCCAGCUCUAAGAUCUCAGAAGGCUGACCGGCUGUGGGCUAAGAACAAAGCAGAAGGCAGCGAGGUUUGUACACGCUGAUUGCAGUUACUUAGGCACAUUAAAAGAUCAGCGGGUGACUGGACUGAAUCUGAUAGUCAGAGCUCUUAAGCUUCGAAGUAGGUGACUUUCACAGCAACCAAAGUGCUGAGCAGGCAGCCCCUUUGUGCAAGGAGGAGGUUCCAGCCACUUUCGAAGAGAAAUGAGGGCCCCAGAGAGAGGAAGCCCAGAAGACUCAGUUAACCUCUUCGCAUCUACAAAGACGAAAUUGCCACCCUACCUUUCCAGACCAGGGACUCCAGGUGUUGAAGGGACUGCCCACAAUCUCACAGGUGCUUGGCUUCCAGGUUCAAUUAGUUGCCAUGCCCUGGGGGGAACUCAGGUCCCCCAUCUUCCUCCCCACCCCACCCCCCAGGAAGCUCUCUGGCCUUGGCUCCAAGCAGCUGUGCUCAAGAGGCUGCAGACUGGGCCACCUGGCAGCCCCAGGUGCUGCGUGCAUGCUGCCAUGGAGACAGGCCCCUGGGUUGGUGGCAAGAAGGCAGUCUCCCAAAGCUUUGCUGAUUCAGGGGAGGGAGCAACUGGAGCCUCAGGCCCUCCAGAGUAGUCUGCCUGACCACCCUGGAGCCCACAGAAGCCCAGGUGCGUGCCCUGAAGGUUUCCCAGGACAAAGGGAGGGAGGAGGAGCCAGGGUAGGCAGAGGAUGGGGAAGAGGCUCUGGAAGGGGAAGAGGCUCUGGAAGGGCUGAUCUGGGGACUGGGGCAGGGAAGCUUCUGCAAGGCUUCCAGGUAAGGAGAAAGGCCUUUCCAGGGGCCCCCUUGCCAGGCCAAGGACUGGGUGAGUAGGAUGUGGAGGGUUGGCCCUCUAGCUCAAGGGGAGGAGGGAAAGAGGGCUGGCAUUUGUCCCCAUAGGAGGGACAGACCAGGGAAUUCACAAAACCCAUCUCUGCGCUAGUCAGGGAUUUGAGGUAGCAGGGAAGGAAACAUUUGUCCUGUAGCAAAACCCGCAGACUGCAGCUUACCCCCAGCUCCCUGGAUUCAGGGCAGCCAAGGGCACAGACACUGACCAUAAGGAGCAUUUGCGUCCAGCUCCAAAGCCCAGGGCGACAUCUGCUCCAAUGCCGGUUCUCUUGGGGGCUCUUGGUAGGGGUGGCCCAGGCCUUCACCUUGACAGAGGGAAGGCUGUAGGAGCAUUUGACUCAACUCGAUGGGUUAGGAACUGGUGAUCAAGAACAAAACGCUUUUGAACCUAAGUAAAACGUGGUGAUUACACCUUUCAACACCCACAGAACACUUUGCCCCAGGCCAAGCACAAGGAUGGGACUUCAUGGCUGUUCCUUUGCUCCUUUCCCCCUUCUGCCAGGACGUCUCCUGCGAGGCCUCCCCGUGUGUGGCUGAGGAUGGCUGAGCAGCAGGGCCGGGAGCUUGAGGCUGAGUGCCCCGUCUGCUGGAACCCCUUCAACAACACGUUCCAUACCCCCAAAAUGCUGGAUUGCUGCCACUCCUUCUGCGUGGAAUGUCUGGCCCACCUCAGCCUGGUGACUCCAGCCCGGCGCUGCCUGCUGUGCCCACUCUGUCGCCAGCCCACAGUGCUGGCCUCAGGGCAGCCUGUCACUGACUUGCCCACGGACACUGCCAUGCUCACCCUGCUCCGCCUGGAGCCCCACCAUGUCAUCCUGGAAGGCCGUCAGCUGUGCCUCAAGGACCAGCCCAAGAGCCGCUACUUCCUGCGCCAGCCUCGAGUCUACACGCUGGACCUUGGCCCCCAGCCUGGGGGCCAGACUGGGCCGCCCCCAGACACGGCCUCUGCCACCGUGUCUACACCCAUCCUCAUCCCCAGCCACCACUCUUUGAGGGAGUGUUUCCGCAACCCUCAGUUCCGCAUCUUUGCCUACCUGAUGGCCGUCAUCCUCAGUGUCACUCUGUUGCUCAUAUUCUCCAUCUUUUGGACCAAGCAGUUCCUUUGGGGUGUGGGGUGAGUGCUGUUCCCAGACAAGAAACCAAACCUUUUUCGGUUGCUGCUGGGUAUGGUGACUACGGAGCCUCAUUUGGUAUUGUCUUCCUUUGUAGUGUUGUUUAUUUUACAAUCCAGGGAUUGUUCAGGCCAUGUGUUUGCUUCUGGGAACAAUUUAAAAAAAAAACAAAAAAACGAAAAGCUUGAAGGACUGGGAGAUGUGGAGCGACUUCCGGGUGUGAGUGUGGCGUCACGGAAGGGCAGAGAAGCGGUUCUGACCACAGAGCUCCACAGCAAGUUGUGCCAAAGGGCUGCACAGUGGUAUCCAGGAACCUGACUAGCCCAAAUAGCAAGUUGCAUUUCUCACUGGAGCUGCUUCAAAAUCAGUGCAUAUUUUUUUGAGUUGCUCUUUUACUAUGGGUUGCUAAAAAAAAAAAAAAAAUUGGGAAGUGAGCUUCAAUUCUGUGGGUAAAUGUGUGUUUGUUUCUCUUUGAAUGUCUUGCCACUGGUUGCAGUAAAAGUGUUCUGUAUUCAUUAA